AUGUCGUCCGUUGGUCGUCCGUCUGUCACAAACCUAAUGACACAUGUAAAGUGUAAAGAUGAGAAAACCUAUGUCUUUGACAAGUGUGAAGAUGAGAAAACCUAUGUAUUUGGUAAAUGUGAAGAUGAGAUAACCUAUGUAUUUGAUAAGUGUGAAGAUGAGAUAACCUAUGUAUUUGAUAGGUGUGAAGAUGAGAAAACCUAUGUAUUUGAUAGGUGUGAAGAUGAGAAAACCUAUGUAUUUGGUAAAUGUGAAGAUGAGAAAACCUAUGUAUUUGAUAGGUGUGAAGAUGAGAAAACCUAUGUAUUUGAUAGGUGUGAAGAUGAGAAAACCUAUGUAUUUGACAAGUGUGAAGAUGAGAUAACCUAUGUAUUUGAUAGGUGUGAAGAUGAGAUAACCUAUGUAUUUGAUAGGUGUGAAGAUGAGAAAACCUAUGUAUUUGAUAGGUGUGAAGAUGAGAAAACCUAUGUAUUUGAUAAGUGUGAAGAUGAGAAAACCUAUGUAUUUGAUAGGUGUGAAGAUGAGAAAACCUAUGUAUUUGACAAGUGUGAAGAUGAGAAAACCUAUGUAUUUGAUAGGUGUGAAGAUGAGAUAACCUAUGUAUUUGAUAGGUGUGAAGAUGAGAAAACCUAUGUAUUUGGUAAAUGUGAAGAUGAGAAAACCUAUGUAUUUGAUAAGUGUGAAGAUGAGAAAACCUAUGUAUUUGAUUGGUGUGAAGAUGAGAAAACCUAUGUAUUUGAUAGGUGUGAAGAUGAGAAAACCUAUGUAUUUGAUAAGUGUGAAGAUGAGAAAACCUAUGUAUUUGAUAGGUGUGAAGAUGAGAAAACCUAUGUAUUUGAUAGGUGUGAAGAUGAGAAAACCUAUGUCUUUGAUAAGUGUGAAGAUGAGAAAACCUAUGUAUUUGAUAAGUGUGAAGAUGAGAAAACCUAUGUCUUUGAUAGAGACAUGGGGAAUCUGUUUGCCAAACCAAAAGUCGUGGUGACCACCUCGACUCCUCGACCCACUACCACGAAACCUACAACCAAACCCACUACCCCUACGACUCCGACUACGAUUGCCGCCACCACCACCACCACCACAUCGGAACCUACUACCACUCCGAUGACGACCACCCCAUCUCCUGGUCAGAUCACAUCUGAAGGUUUGAUAACACACUCACCCAUCACCCAUCAGAUAGAGAGUAAGUCACGUGCAUGCUGCACCACGCCCACAUUCAUUAAGUCAUGGAGCACGAUCCCUUUGCACGCGACACUUCCUUCUGCAUUUGGAACGCCUUCUCCGCCAUCAGCAACGAGCCAAUCCACCUAUUUGCUUCCUCUGGCCAUUGUCAUGUCGACAUCCUUUCUCAUCGUCGCCUUCAUUCUCCUCGUUCUGGUGUUUCGACGACGUCAUCACUCAGGUAAACACGGGGAGAGCGGCACCCAUCCUGUGCUGGCACAGACUCAAGUAUUUUCCAACUCGUCCUUCAACGCCGAGAGCUCAGUGGAAUGUUCCUUGAACCACAUCUACGUCGAGCACGGGGAACGAGAUUCGAAGCUCCACGACGGCCUCUACACUUACGUCACCAAACCUUCCGUCAUGGGUGGACUUCCAAAAGGAUACGCCCCUUCCGUUCAGUCGCCAAAGAGAGUUUUUCGAGGACACCCGGAUGGAAAGUGUAGAUCGGUCCAAACGAAAGGUUUUACCUCAGAGGACUUUGGUGAUGAGGAUCAUUACAAUCUUCUGUUUGAGGACCGGCCUGCGGUCGUCAACGUCAUCGUCAUGAACCCUUACGAAAAUCACAACCCCAACAACUGUUAUCAAAACUACGCUAACGUGACGGAAAUACCCGAAUCGACUAUCGGAUUCUUAGAAGCCCCACCCACCAGCGCAGAAGAUACAAUUUCCGUCAAAAGUUGCACGAGUUCAAUGAAAAACCCUGAUUCUUCAAAUAAAACUGUAAUCGCAGACUCGCAGCCCGAUAUCCGACCGGGUAAUGCUCCUCCAAUCCAUCCGGAUAGUCCAGCAGUCGAUUACGAGCCUAACGGAUCGAUCCGGGUGCUGACACCGAAUGACCCGGAAGUGAUUACAGAAACCAAACAGGAGUCGUUGUAUGAGAACACGCCCAGAAGCCGAGGAGAUUCUGUGAAGAGCCCAAAGAAUGGAGAACCAAAAUACUAUGUGCUAGAAAGACAGUUAAACCAAGAUCCCGAUGAUAAUGAGAGUGGGAUGGUAGAAAAUAUUUUAUAUCAAUCGAUUACCGAAUAAAGCUUUUUUGUGUGGAUACAAUAAGAAACUUAUGGAUAUAGGAUGAGCAACGGCAUAUAUAUAUAUACUAUGAAGAAAUCAAUUGGAUCAGAAGACGAAUAUACCUUGGAAUAUGCAUGAACCUUUGAACUUUAUCAAAAAGAUAUUUCAUAAGAAAUGUAAGAUCAGUCAGUUGGAUAAUCCAACAUUCUUUCCAGGGCCUUGCCUGGAACGUUUCUUUUAAAUGAGGUGCUGAUAUAAAUUUCACAACCCCCCACCCCCCCAAAAAGAAGGGGCGGGGUCACUAAAAUGGAGGUCACUUUGGUCCCAAGAAAUUUGACAAGCCCCCCCCCCCCCCCCCUAAAAAGGGGAGUUUCACUAAAAAAGGUCAUUUCUCUCCCGAGAAAUUUGACAAGCAAAAAAAGAAAAAGUUUAUAUUCAAAAUGAAGGUCAUUUUGGUUACAUUCCUCCAUUUGAUCCCACCUACCAGAAUUCACGAAGCACCCCAAAGGAAUAUCUUGGCGGUAUUUCAGCACCCCCAGGGCCAUAAUUAUUUCCUUGUACAGAAACUUAUCAACAAACGGUAAACGAACCAUCGCUACUUAUUCAGUAUUUGCCAGUUAGUUACAAUGUUAAUACAAAUAUGCAACUUAUAUAAGCGCUCAUAUCCACUUUGCAGAGUAUUCAAGACGUUAAUAAACGUAUAUGAGAGUAACCAUCUAAGAUUAUACUUUGUACAUAUUAACUUGCAACAGAUAAGCUCCUUAAAGGACAAGUCCACCCCCAAAAAAAAUUGAUUUGAAUUAAAAGAGAAAAAUCCAACAAGCAUAUCACUGAAAAUUUCAUCGAAAUCGGAUGUAAAAUAAGAAAGUUAUGACAUCUUAAAGUUUUGCUUAAUUUCACAAAACAGUUAUGCACAUCCUGGUCGGUAUGCAAAUGAGGAGACUGAUGACAUCAUCCACUCACUAUUUCUUUUGUGUUUUAUUAUAUGAAAUAUAAAAUAUUCUAAUUUUCUCCUCAUUGUCAAGUGAAACAAUUAAUUCCUUCCUGAACAUGAGGAACUAACAUUGCUUAAUACUAUAUGGUUCAGUCAAUUUGGUCCUUAUUGUCAAAUCUUUAAAAAAUGAAAUAUUGUAUAAUUUAAACAAGAAAAAAAAGAAACAGUGAGUGAGGGACAUCAUCGACUGUCCAUUUGCAUGUCACUGAGUUGUGCAUAUCACUGUUUUGUGAAAAUAAAGCGAAACUUUAAAUUGUCAUAACUUUCUUAUUUUACAUUCGAUUUUGAUGAAAUUUUCAGCGUUAUUGUAGUUUAAUUUUUCUCUAUUUAUUCAAAUCAACAGUUUUCCGGGGUGGACUUGAACUUUAAAUAUAUAUUAAAGAAAAGCAAUUAUUACUGUUAUAGCUUAGGAAAGUAAAACCUUUUUAUUUUGCCAUGUAAAUAUAAAAACAUUAUACCAAGAUUAGAUUAAUAACUAUAUAUUUACACAAUUUGUUUGUGGGGGUUUAUUAAAAAUAUCAAGAAAAUAAAAAAAAUAUCGAAGUUUGAAUAUUUGAGCUUAUUUUGUACUGUGUAUGAUAAAUGAAUAAAAAUAGAAUA